GGCACAACUGGAGGAGAACCGUCCAAAUGGAGAUUUUUUCAAGCGGUGCAUGAAGUGAUUGGGGUGCUACCGUGCCAAGAUGCAUCGUCAAUGGUGGAAAGCAUGGAUAACAGCUUUCUGGCCGAUGAAAAUACAUCUUUAGUGACAGACAUGUCUCUUGAAGAGGACUGCCAGGAAGGUGGAGCAUUACCAAAUCAAAGACCAAAGAGAAGAAGAGUUGAAGGAGGGAAAAAGACCCGAUUUUUGGGCGAAUUGUUACAAAAAUUCAAUAACAUACAGCAGAAUUAUAACGAUAAUUCGAAAGAAAUGCUGAAUAUAAUGAAGCAAUCUGUAGAAAAUGACGCCAGUAUUAUUGAAGUUUUAAAAGAACAAACAAAUGUGCUGAGGGAUUUGUUAAAUAAAUGAUUUUAAUUUUGUA